AUCGAAACUGAAGACAAAUGGAAACAAAAAUUCUUCAAAUUGUGGGUUUAAUUUUUCUUUUUUAGAGGAAUAUGACAUGACACAAAAAAUAUACGACUUAUUUUAUCUGUUUUCUCGAUUUCUAUUCCUUAUUGAUAAAAUUGAAACAAAAACCUUUCUAUUUAUGAAAUAAUAACGCACCAAAAAUGCCCCUUGACGCUUAUGGAAAAUUAUUUUAGAGUUAAUUAAGUGUGUGUGACGUCGUUAUUGUAAAGAUAUUAAUUAUACAUAACUCGCUAGGCCAAACUGUUGGUCUGUUUUCAACAGCACGAGAAAUGUUUUUUCAUCAAUUCGAGGAGUUUGGCAGCAGAUAGACGAAACGAAAUGGAAGAUAUACGAACGGCCAUGUGGUAAUCCACGCUUUUUGAUAACGCUAUGUUUUGAAAGUAAGUGAAUUUGGAAUCAAAACUGUUUUUCUUGGCGAGUGAAUUGUAAAUAUUAGAAUUUCCUGUUACAUUUUCUCGUUGUGUUUAUUCCGUUUUAUCACAUUUCUGUCCUUUCGAAGAUAAAACUGAUCCUACAUUCAAUUAUCAAGGGCGCAAAGCUAAUGUUAGGGAUAAAACCGGCGCUAAGCAUUGAAAUGUGGCUUUAAAGUCGCGGAAAGGUCGGCGAGAAAAGCAAAAUAAUAGUUCCCAAGUGACUUUAGUCUGAACAAGUCAGAAUUGCAGGUUUCAAAGCGCGAAAUCUCGACAGCUAGAUAGCUGAAUCCCUUAUGAUUUUCCAAUCUUUAAACCUGAAUUUCUGUACCUCCAUUCCAUAGUUUAGCUCGCAUAAAAGGCGUUCGCCCGCGUUUCCCAUUUACGUUAAAACGCACUUAUUUCUCCAACUCCCCGCAGUUCUGCAGAAUAUGCUUUCUUGAUGAUGAAUUCGCAUACCCUGGCAAUUAGCUUGUUGACUUAGCGGUUCCAGAAAAAAUGCUGGCUUUUUCCAGUUUAUUUUGACUGCAUACUAAACAAAUGCAGGCUAGUUUAUUUCUAAAUUCUUACAUUCGUCUUUGAAGACAUGGGCGAGAAGAAAAUUAUAUUUAAACUAAGACACCCUAAAGGGCAUUCGCAAAAUAUCACCAGCUUAGCUAUGUACAUCUUCCUCUUUGAAAAUAUUUUUCCUUGGAAUAAUCUGUACAGAAGUGGCAAAUUCUGAUUGAAUUAAGAAGAUGUUCUAUAAAGCAGCCGUAAAUUUGCAAUAAAUAUUUUAAUUUCUCCGUUUGCUUUUCACGCGCAGGUUGAGUUUCACAAACAGCUGUUUAUAUAAAGUUUCAUAAAACAUUAACAGUCAGAACAGCUUCCAAAAAAAAUUACUGUUUAGGUAAUUAAAAUAAGGAUUAUUUAUUUACAUGGUUAAACCAUUAAGUGUGCAUUUUGUUUCAGAUGACGGGCAGCCCUCCUCAGCGGUGAAGUCCGUCACGUGAGUAAUAAAGUAAUUGGAAAAAAUUAAUUUGAGGCUACUAGUUCCGGAGUUCCGCACGGCACCCUAACAUCAACUUAAUAUUUUUUCACUGAUUUUUUUCACUCGUGCGACGGACUUCGCCGAAAGGGGGUCUGCUUGUGGUCUUGCUUUGUUUCUAUUGGGGCGUAAUGCCAAUAUCAGAGGUUUUUUUCUCGGAUUUGAUCCACAGAAAUAGCAAUUCCUCGGCCCUGUAUCUGUGACGGGAAUCAAAGCGACCACCUUGCGAUGUCUUCAGUUGGAAGUACUUUUUUAAAGAGGGCUCUUUUGUUUUUAGUGUUCGGAUUUGUAAAUGCUGCAAUUUUUACUCUUAUCGAGAGGCGUGGAGAAAAUUACAAGACCACCUCAGAUAGAAUGUUAGACCAACUGAGGAAGAAUUUUGCGAAACACCACAACUUCUCGGACGAAGAAUUCGAGUAUUUUACAAUGGCCUCAUAUAACGCCGUUCGCACGGGUUUGUCUUUGGACUGGACCUAUUUUAGGGCUGUGGAUUUCACGUACACAGCGAUGACCACAAUUGGUGAGUCUCUGAUCCUUGACAAAGCUAUUUUUCUCUCAGCUUCUGGUAAAAAGGAUCAGUCCGCCCUAUUUUGACAAGUUUAUCCUUGUUAAAUUAUUCGCCUUGUUAGAGAUAAACUUUAGUUUUUCCAUUGACAAAAUCGUUGAAAAAACACCAACACGCUAUGAGUUUUUUAACAAGGAGAGCGCUCAAGGAAAGAAAUGACAGCGACAAAAUUAGCUUAGAAGUGUAAAUGACUUUGCUUGAAAAGCUCUUUUCAACUAGACUACAAAGACUUCAUGUGAAAUUUGAUUCCAAAAAAUUGUAAGUAAACUAAUCCUUUAAAUACCUUCACUCUUGGACAACUGUUCGCUUCUCUGAAAAAAUAAUGUCCGGAAAACUAAUAGAGCGUAACUUAGCACCAAACGGAGGCUAUUUUUAAAUACCGGAGAUAAUGUUAUUCUCCACUUUAAACCAACCUCGACCAAUAACUUUCGUUUUCCCGCGCAUCAUGCCAUUUGAGUUCUAAUUGGCUCUUGUGACAUUUCCUCUUUUUUCUUCGGCUGUCGUGGUUUUUGUGUCGACCGCGACCAAUAACUUGCGUUUUCCAGCGAUUCAUGCCAUUUGAGUUCUUAUUGGCUCUUGUGACAUUUCCUUUGUUUUCUUUGGCUGUCGUGGUUUUUUGUGUCGACCGCGACCAAUAACUUGCGUUUUCCCGCGCUUCAUGCCAUUUGAGUUCUUAAUGGCUCCUUGAGACAUUCCUUUGUUUCUUUGGCUGUCAUGGUUUUACGAUACCUCCCAUUUUUCAGACCUUUCAGAAAUGAUUGGGGGCCACCUGUGCCGUAGCAAUUAUGGGUACGUGUAAUUGUUAUCGUACAUAACUUUUUUAAAUUAUUAUUUUUGCAGGGUAUGGUCGUCUGACUCCUAUCACCACAUACGGGAAACUGUUCUGUAUCGUUUUUUGUAUGUUUGGAAUUCCACUAUGUCUGCUGACUCUAAAAUCUGCGGGCGAACUUAUUUCAACAUUUCUAACUUGUGUGAUAACUCACGUGGAGAUUAAAGUUCUUAAAACAGAAAGAGUAAAACACCUUGAGAUUAAACGCGCUGUACUCGCGUUUAAUUUAAUGGCAAUGUAUCUCUCGUUCACUGCAGUCACACAAGUGAUGCAGGAACACUGGACAUUCGUGGAUGCUUUUUACGCCUCGUUUGUAACAUUUUCUACUGUCGGUUUUGGAGAUUAUGUUCUUUUUGAAAGUGUUACAGGGCAAGGCAAAAACGGAGCUGCAAGCACGUUUUUUCACGUGUUUGCAACUUUCCCGGCGCUUUUUGGACUGGGGAUUGUGGCUUGUGUGAUCAACUGUGUUUUAGAUGUUGUUGAGAAGAACCGUUUACACAUUAGUGAUGGUAGACCAGGGAAAAGGAAAAAUAGAGAGUUGGUUAAACUUCUAUCUUUUAGUAAACUGGAAGAAGGUAGACGCUGCAGAAGGUCUCAUAGUGUAUGAAAG